UAGAGCAUGAAAGUUGAAUCGUGGAAAAUAAAAAUAAUUUUUUUCUUUUCUUUAAGAUAGAAAAGAAAAAAAAUUGUAAAAAAAAGAAUUUUAAUUUUUUUUUUCUUUUAAUUUUCUUUUUUUUCUGUCUUCUUUCACUCGGUACACACGGGAAUUACAAUUUAAAAUUUUUUAUAAAAUAAAAGAGAAAAAAGAAUAAUUUUAAUUUUUUUAUAUUAAAAAUCAAUGAGAAUUUGCAAAAAAGAAAAAAAAGAAAUGAAAAUGUUGUGAAAAUACUAAAAAACUAACCUACAUACUUACUUAGUUACUUACUUAAAUAUUUUGUUGUUGUUAUUGUUUUUAAUAAAAGAAAACUUGAAAUUUUUGUUUUUAAUAAGAAAAAAAAAAUAUUAAAAGUUAAGUUUUUUCUAUACCAAAAUUUUUUAUAUAAUUUUAUUGGAAAAAUUAAAAAAAAAGUACAAAACAAGAAAUAAAACACAAGAAGAAAAAGGAGAAGAAGAGCAGGAGGAAGAGAAAAGACAUAAGAAGAAGCAGAAACAAAAACAGAAAAAUAAAAAAUUAAUAACAAUAGAAAAAUGUCUUUUGAAAGCAAUACAAGCAGCGGCGGAGUUGAUCCCAGAGUUCAGAUUGAAUUAGAAAAGCUUAAUACUGCAACAGAUGAUAUUAAUAGGCUGGAAGUUCAAAUUGAGGAGGCCAAAUGUGAUUUUAAAAAAUUAUUAGCAACUAGUGUAGAAAAAAUAAAGCAAUCAGCACAUAAAUUAGGAAAUGCAAUCGAAGCAGCAAGACCGUAUUAUGAGGCACGGCUUUAUGUAACACAGCUUUCUAAGGAAACACAAUUGGCACAAUUAAAUUAUGAAAAAGCGAAAUCAGUACAUGCUGCAGCCAAAGAAAUGGUAAAUUUAGCUGAAUUAGGUGUAGGUGAAAGUUCGACUUUAGAUGCAGCAUGUCAAGAGAUGUUAAGUCAUGCAACAAGUCGAGUUCAUGAAUCACAAUUAGAAGUAAGUGAUGCAAGAAAUUUUUUGAAAAUCUGUGAAUUAAAGCAAGAAGUAUCAAAUAAUCGUGUUACAAAAUUACAAGCGCAAUUAAAAGGUGCAAUAAAAGCGUCGAGUAACAACAUUCGAAGAAACUUACUUUUAUUGAAAUUAUUGGCUUACCAGCAUAAUUUAUUGAUUUUGCCAUAUUAUGAGACGAGGGCGAAUUAUAAUGGACUUUUAAAGGCACAAAAAGAAAAGAUCGAUUUACUUGAAAAUCAAGUUGGCGAAGCAAAAAUGACAUAUAAUGAAGCGUUGAAAAAUUUAGAAAGAAUUUCUGAAGAAAUUCAUAAGCAACGGCAGGAACGUUUAAAUUUAAAUAAUUUAGCAAAUAAUUUUGGCGAUAAUCAUCGUAUUGAUUGUAGAAUGGCAGCUAAUAUUAGUUUACAACCAUUACAUUCUGGUUUAAAUCGUAUUACAUUAGAUGAUGAUGAAGAUGAUGACAUAUCAGCAAAUUCAAUUGAUGAUUCAUAUCGUAUAUCAUCAUCAAAUCAACGUAAUAAUUUAUAUUAUACAAAUCAAAUUGAUUGUUGUGAUGAAUAUUUAGAUUUACCAUCAAAAAUUACAUAUAAAUCAAGCCCUAUAAAAACAAAAAAUUUUGAUGAACAUGAUUGUCCACAUUUAUUACAAGAUUUUCCGCAUCAGAGGCAACAACAACAUUUGUAUCAAAAUGAACAAAAUCAACAUGAAUCCCAUCAAAUAGUUCAAUCUACAUCAGUUUUUUGUUGUAACAGUGAAUCAAAUAUUAUAACUAAUAAUACAAAUAAUUAUACAAAUUUAAAUAAUAUAAAUCGGCUCAGUUACUAUACAAAUAAUAGUGAUGAUGAUAAAAUUAAAGAAGCAUCUUCAUCUGGUAUAUCAAAUGAUGUUGAUGAUAUUGAACAAUGGACUGAAAUUCGUUUAUCAAAUUCGAAUAGUUCAAGUUCAGGUUAUUCACAUCAUGAAUCCUCAACAAAUUUUGAUGAACAGAAUUUAAUGGGUUUAAGUGGCUGUGGUGGAAUUGGUAUGAUUGGUGGUGGUGGUGGUAGUGGCGGUAGUGAUACUUCAGAAAGUGAAGAACAUCGUAAAGUUACCUGUACAACAAUUGUUUUUAAUGAUGAUAAUAAUUUAGAUGGUAUUAUUGGUGAUAAAUCAUUUUCUAAGAAAAAAGGAGAAAAUAAUAAUGGUGGUAUAACAUCAUGGAUAUCUAGAUCAAAUAGUUUUAAAAGCUCUGGAAGACGACAAAGUUUAGAUUUAUUAAUUGAUGCUAGUGAUAAAGUAGCAAGUGUUUUCCAAAAAGUUGGUAAAUCAUUAGAGCGUAGGAAUAGCGAAUCGGAAGUAAAUAAUGAACAAAAUGAUUUCUUUUCAUUUACAAGGUCUGACAAAGAAUUAUUGUCCGAUGAGCAAGUUGAAAAUUUAAAUUUAAAUGCUAGAGAAAACGAAAUCCUUUAUGGCAAUGAACUCAUGAAUGCAUCUAAAAAUAGACUAAAGAGUGACAUAUCAAAGUAAAUUUGCUUAAAAGAUUUAGUUGAAAAUGACGAUGUAAAAAAAAGAAAUAUGUACUUAAAAUUAAAAGAAACACAAGUCUACCAGUAAAACAUAGGAAAACUAAAACUUCUCUUAAAAAAUUAAGCAAAAAAACAUUGAAAUCAAAUCACUUUUUGAAAAGCCGCAAAUAUUAAAUAUUUUUUAUUAAUUGGCAGAAUACUGUACUGAUAGUAUUGAAUGAGGUUUAAAUUAAAUUAGAAUGAAAUAACAAUUUGUUGUAAUACUAAAUAAUAAUUGAAUUGCAUUAAAUUUAAAAAUAAAUAAAACAAUUAUGAAUUGGAUAAAAUAAACAUUGAAACAAGUAACUAUAACUACAAUUUACACAAUUGUUACAAAUCAUCAAUGUACGUAAAUCAUUUAAUAUUAAUUACAAUUCACAUAAUUUAUUUUAACAGUUUAAAAGAAACCUUGUUUAUUUUUGUAAGAAUAAUUUUAUAAUUUAUAAAUGAAAUGUAAAAAAGGAGCUUUGAAUAACACACUAAAAUGACAAGGAAUUUAGUAGAAAUAAUUUAGGAGUUUAUUUAAAUUGGCAUAAAUAUGUGGUGUUAGACCAGAUAUUUUUUAAAAUGAUCAAUUUUUCCGCCAAAGAAACUAAAAUUAAUAGUGUUUAAUAAGAAAUUGUAGGAAAGAAAGCAUUAGUCAAGUUAUUUAUUGAUGUUAAGACUUAUAUAAAUUAUGAAAAAAUUACAUUCAAGAUUGUAUAAUUUGUUGAUUUAAUUAUAAAUAAUAUUUAAUUGUAUUUAAAUAUUGUUAAAUUUUGUAAUUUUGUUAAACACAAAUUUUUCCCUACAUGAUAAGACUCUUUAAGUUAAAAAUUUAUUAAUUAAUCCAGUUAAAAGACCUUUCUUAAGGCUUGUUUUAGUAGUUUUAAAAUUCAAGUUGGCAAAAAUGAAUUAUUCCAAAAGGCGAUUAGCAAAUUACAAAAAAAUUACUUUUAUUUUUUAAUUAUUUUGAAUUUUAUUUUUUAAUUAUUUUAAAAAAAUUGCUAAAUCUAUUUUGAUUACAUAAUUUCAAAAUUGUAAAAUCAUUUAAAAAUUAAUUGUUAAAAUUUAAUAAAAUUUUCUUGUACCUAAUUGAAUUAUUCAAAAUUUCACAGCAAUAUUAGUAAUUCUAAUUGAAAUGAGGCUGAAAUGAAAUUUUCAUAUAAAAAAUUUUUUUAUUUGUUAAUUGUAAAAAAUUAUGGCUGUUUCCCAGUACAUAAAAUGCGUGCAACUGAUUUAAAUUAUGAAUUCCAAUGCAACAUGACUAACGAUUCCAAUAUAUGUAUGUAUAUUGCCAGGGUAGCUGAUUAUUGUGUAUUCUAUUUUUUUUUGCAUUUCUUUUUGCAAAAUAAUUAAAUUUAUUCAUUUUUUGCAAAACAAUUAAUUUUUUUUUGUGAAAAUAGUUUAUUAAAUAUUUUGUGUGUAGUUUUCGAAGAAUUUAAUAAAAAAUAUUGUCAUGAAAAUAAUAAGAAUGUCAUAAAAAGAUGACAAUAUUGUAAUUUGUUAUCAUCAAGUUAUUCUUUUUAAAUCAGUAACAAACUCUUCCAAUGAAAUUUUUUUAAGUGUAUUCAUUUUAAUUUGGAAUUUUUAGACUUUCCUGUUUAUUGAAAUAAUUUUUAAAAUAUCAAAAUGGAAAAUUCUUUAAUUAUAGAAGCAUAAUUCUAAUUUACAAAGUCAAGUGAAUGACAUGAGUGAUAUGAUUAUCAAAUCUUUGACAUAUUGGGAAACAGCCUAUAACUCAUUAGUCCCUGUUAGAUAUAUUAUACGAAAAUUUAAUUUAUACGAAAAAUAAAUUAGAAUUUAACCGACUUUUUUUAUUUACUCCACAUAAUUUCGAAGGAAUUGAUUCAGUACACCUAUAGUAACUAUAUAAUAAAUUUAUAGGAAUUUUCUUAUGUGGGAAUUUAAGAAUGCUAAAUGAAGUGCACUAUUAUUGUUAUUACAUUAAAAAUAUAGUGUCUUUGGUGAAAAAUCACAAAAAUGUAGAUCUGUUGCACUAUAAGUUGCAAAGAAAAUUUGAUUUUCUAAAAAAAUGCAACACUUUAUAAGAAGAAUGUAUAUAAAUUCAAUUGGAAAAGAAUCGUAAACAAAUUUACUAGAGUAUAAAGUCGGUAUAAAGUCAGUUGAUAAAAAAGAACAAUAAUUAACUCUUUAAAUAAAGCAAUAAAUUAAAAAAGAAAUAAAAAUAAACAAUUAAUAAAAGAAACAAUUCGACAUUCAAACUAAAUCAGGCAAAAUUGAAAUAAAUUUUUUUUCUAUUAGUGUUUAAAUUAAAAUAUUAGCGAAUUUUCAUUGUAUUUCGUUAUUUAUUAUGUACUAUUAUAUUAAUUACAUACAUAUAUGAGUAAAAAUGUUAAAACAUUAAAAGUGAAGUAUAUAUAUAAAUAUAAGCAUAAUUAAGUAUUUAAUUUAUUUACAAAACACAUAUUAUAUAUCUAUAUGUAUAUUUACAACAUGUAGCAAUAUAAAAAUAAAAUUUAAGAAGAGAUGAAUC